GGUGCAGGGACACCUCCCGGGCAUGGUCUGGUUCCACAAGUUUGACGUGACGUCCACGGCAAAAAUCAGGAGGUCGCUAGGAAUUCAAGACCCUGAUGCUGAACGGGACAGUCGCGUUUUGUAUAUCAUCGUGUUCAGGAAGCUCGUACCAAUCACGUCGCUGAGCGGAGACGAAUUUCUCAGCGCAUGGUGGCAAGUUGUGUUAUGUCAUUAUACCCUCUGGAUGCACAAUGUCCAUCACCGGGACGUCAGUCCUAACAAUGUUAUGGUCUACUGGUACCAAGCAGGCAAGCUGUCAAGUAACAGUGGCAGACUACUCGAUGACUGGCUGAAAGUGGAUGCUAAAGGAUGCAAGGAGAAAAAAUCUGCGUUUCUAUUGGAGUUUCGGUAUGGAGACGGCGUUGACGUCGAAGAACCCUCGCCGUCGCACCAAUCCAACUGGAAAGUUGCGAUAGCUUGCCUUUACACUAUCAUCCAUGCUCCCCGGGCGACAAUGGGCGAAAAUGAGUCUAUUCUUCAAACUUGGCUCCUGAAUAACGUAAAGUCUGUAGCUCCAGACAUUAUAGUUCGCCAUCCUGUCCGAGUCAAUGUGUCAUAAGCUUCAUCAUACGCUCUUAUACCACGAGGUUAUUGAUUCAUGUGGAUACGACCUUUGCAAU